AUGCGCCUUCUCCUCGCUGGCGCUUCCGCGCUUCUGCUUCUGGCGACAGAGGCUGCUAGCCAUGCCAUCCCGGUGGCUGAAAGCAACGAGAUAGCUGUACGAUCUCAGACCUUCCGUGCAAACAACGGCGUUCAGUUCUCUGUUGAGACUGGCUUUGACCACCAUGGAGGAGAUUACAAAUCCGUUACCGCCAGCAGCCUUCACGACUGUAUCAAUUCUUCCGUCAAUGCCGCUGUCAUCAAUAGCAAAGUGACUGGUGCAGUCCGUGUGCAGUAUGUACCAACCCCGAUUACUUGUCCGGUAGAUGGUAGCAGUCGGGUGAAGAUGGCAGAUGGGCGAUACUUCACUAUUCAGUGUGGAGUUAACCAUCUCCAUGGCGACAUCGAGUCUAUCCAAACGCUGGACUUUGCUAACUGCAUCCUCCUCUGCGAUGAGGCCAAGGGCUGUGUCGCUGCUAGCUGGCGGUCUGGAACCUGUUAUCUGAAGAAAUCUUUGCAAUCGGGAGUUGCUGGCACUGGAGCCAGCACUACUGUGUUGACCGCGUUGUUGCCAGCCGAUCCAGUUUUCUGCCCGGGCCCAAGCGGCCAGCAGGUUAAGGAGACCAGCGGUAGAACCUUUACCGUCUCCAGUAAUACUGAUCAUCCUGGCAGUGACUUGAGGAACAAGCUACUGGCUAACUUUGGAGACUGCAUUGCCUGGUGUGACGAGACCACCGGCUGGUUGCCUCUGUCUAUCAUGACGGCCGAUCUGAAGAGCAAGCUCACAGCUUCUACAACGCGAACAAACAGCCAAUUUGCCGUGCUAAACUCCGUACUAAGCCCACCACCUUCACUCUGCCCGGGUCAGAAUGGCAAGCAGAUCAAGGAACCAAGCGGUCGAAGCUUUACCGUCGCUUGCAAUGUGGACCGCGCCGGUGCUGACAUGGCGUCAAAGAAGCUCAACAACUUCAACAGUUGCAUCACAUGGUGUGAUCAGACCAGCGGAUGUAUUGCUGCUGCCUAUCACGAUGGCGAAUGCUGGCUGAAGAAAACACUCUCGCCAUCUUCUCCACGCGCAAACGGGCAGAUUGCCGUGUUGAGCAGCAAGCUACCGCAGACGUCAACCCACACUACAUCUACUUCUACUAGAAAGACUACAUCCACAUCCACAACGAAGACCACAUCGACAUCUACCACGAAGACUACAUCAUCGACUACUACAGCUUCGACUACCUCGACUAGUCCCCAGUCUUCCCAGGUUUCCACUAGUGCUACUACCUCUAGCAAUGUUUCUACCAGCUUCUCUAGCGAUACCACUAUCAGCCUCCCUAGUGAUACUUCUACUAGCUCCUCUGGUACGACCUCUGCUGCGACUUCUGCUCCAUCUGAGACCACGACUCCGUCAACACCUACGACUGACUCCAACUGGGGCAGCUCAACAAGUACCACAGAUGCUCCAACAACCGCCUCAGAUACCACAUCGUCAAGUUCUGUUCAGACUACUACCGGCUCUCCAGCUCCCAGCGGUACCGCCCAAAUUCCACCUGGCCCCCUCACGCUCCCAGCUCAGCCAACUGUGACUCUUCGUCCGCUGGCGCCUCCAAACGUCGAUGUUGCAAGCACCGAGUAUCCUUCGGUUAUACUAGAUAACUCAAUCAACAUCCUUGACAUCCACUGCGACUUAGACAAGAGUCUGUCCGCCAACUUCAAUGGAGCUACAGCCUAUAAUGCCGCUAAAGAAUCCUGGGCUGAAGCUGAGGGUAGUAGCAACACCCUGAUCAUAAUCGCCGCUGCCUCUGGAUGCAGUUCAGAUGGCCACUACGUCUACUUUGUUGCUAGUCACAUUAGCUUUGACGAUGCAAGCAAGUCGGUGAGCUGUUCCGGCUCUAUCGAGUCAGCCUCCGACAUUGCCCAAGAUGCCGGCGUCGACUUUGGCUCUAUUGAGAUAUCUGUGCCCACCCUUGAGCCAAAUCCUGAACUUGCGGCAGCGUAUGGAUGUACCGCUCCUGGUUCAAAUGAGAUUGACGGGUUACCAGCAAUUUACUGUGGACCUGAUUUCCAUUAUUGUCUUAAUAAUAAGCUGGGUUACUAUUCAAUUGCAGACGAAGAUCUUGAUGCCACCUUGGCAACCGUGCUACCUGGAACCCAAGUCAGUGACCUUCAGCACCGAGGUUUGCUUAGCAAAAUUGGUUCUUUUGUUAGCCAUGCCGCUACGACACUAGUUAAUACAGUUAAGGAUGGAGCAAAGGCUAUUGGCAAUGAUAUCGUGAGCGCUGCUACGACACUUGGAAAAGAUGCUGUUUCCAACUUGAAGAACCUUGGAAAUACAAUCCUAGGAGCGGCUGAGAGUUUCGCAAAGGGGUUGAUUGCAGCUGCAACAUUCAUCAUCACUGGUGACUAUGACCGAUCGUUUGACUUUCCUGUACAAAUUGCUCCACCAAACAGCACACUAGAUGACUCUCCUUGGGGCGACGGCUUCAAGUUCUAUACAUGGACCCCCGACAAGGGCGAAUACUGGAAUGCUCAGAACGAGGCCAUUGACAAGAUUAAGGGUGUCAUCAUUGGCGAAGCAGAUCCGGAGCCCAGCGUUGAGCUUUGGUGCGUCGAUUGCCAUGCCAAUGGCAAACUUAAGCUGGUUGGUAGCGCCUCUUUCUCCAUCUUGAAGGGCCUCACCAAAGCCCAGCUAUCCAUGGAUGGAAAUUUGGAUGUUGGGCUGUAUCUCGGCAUGAAUGCCUUUGCUCAAUGGAACCCCAAGGAGGAGUAUGACUUCCUGUCCGUAGGUCUGCCUGGGCUGUCAAUCCCUGAUAUUCUCACCAUUGGUCCUGUGCUGUCCCUUGGAGUAUCUGUGGAUUUGGAUGUCAGCGCUGUUGGACAGUAUCUAGUUGGCGCUGAUAUGGAAUGGACUCAGCUUUCAGCUAAAUUAGAUGUCCUCAACCCUCGUAGCUCUUCCAAGUCAGGCUGGACACCAAACAUCCGCGACACAGUUCAGGCCGACGGCAGCUUGACCAUCAACUCUACUCUUGGACUUCCUGUUAGCCUUGGUUUUGGCCUUAAUAUCCUCAAUGGCAAAUACGAGAAGGAGAUUAAGCUUGUCGAUACCCCUGGUGUUCGUGCCAGCAUGGAAUACGACUUCACCAACGAGGUCAACAACGGCGAAGUCAACACCGAUCCCGAGGAUAGCUGUUGCGGAAUUCACUGGAGUGUUGGGAUAGUGAAUACUGUUACUCUGGAUCUCUCUGAUAUUGGCCAGGGAAAAUACAGGCUGGACGAAUAUAAUGCUCCUGUCUUUGCUUCUGGCUGCAUCGGCAAGAGUCUCACUAUCGCACCUCCUUCAACUACUGUUUCUGCUCCAACUGGCGGCACCACAUCUGUCCCCCCUAGCGGUCCAAAUUGUGCCUCUCUCACCUGUGCAAACGACGAUGGCAAGUUUUGUACUGCAAGUGGAACAACAUUCCAGCUCAACUGCUACUCGAUAUAUGCGUCAACCCUUGAGAGGGCCUUCAAGUUUAACAGCGCCGAUGCCUGCGCAAACUCUUGCGCGACUGAUAGCAGUUGUGUUGGCGUCAACUUCAUCUUCAAUCAACUCAACUUUAUUUUGCCUGACUGUCUUCAAUACUCUAACGGGCUACCCAGCUCACCUGCGCCUGUUUCUCUUAUCGGAAGCUUUAGAAAGGUGUCAUCGCCGCACAAGCGAGUUGAACUUGUCCAAUGCGCAACGACGGUGGCCACCAGUGCUUCUGCCAGCGGUACUGCCAACGCAAAGAUUCUUGUUAAGGAUACACUCACUCUCACGCCUACUGCUUCUGCAUCUUCUACAGCCACUUCAACUGAAGUCACUUCCAUGGCUUCCACUACGACUUCUCUUACAGCCACUUCAACUGAUGCCACUGCAAUCAGCACCACCACAAGCUCCCCAGAUUCAGAUCACGUCACUGCCCCUAUCACCAUCCGCGAUGCAACUGGCCAGCUGCUGAUCAACCCCCAUGUAAACGGUAGUUCUGUAUCAAUGAAUAGCCUGACCGACGGCACCACCUUCACGGCGGAUCUUACCAGUUCCCUAGUGUAUGGUGACUCGGCCGGUCGAAUUUUGUACUACUUUCCCAGCACUAUCUCUGCUGUAGGCGCUUCACGUCUGCGAUUGGGCACUUGGGACGCCAUUCCCAUCGGUGCUGAGAUGAUCAUGUUGUUCCCUACAGUUACUGACACGGGAGUGACGGUUCUUGUGGCCAUGGACAGCACUCAACACAUCUUUUAUCCCUUUCUCUGCGAUAUCGAAGGCCAACUAAACAAAAUCUUCCUCGUUUCUGAUGCAACAACCGGUGCGUCUAAGCUGAUGGAUUCCGACUUGACAUACACCGUUAUUGGCGGUGUUGCCCGGUCGUGCGUCUCGCUCGCCAUGGUAGCCAAGGAUCUGCCCGGUUGGAAUUCCACCAAGGCUACGCCUACACAGUAA